CAUCUGUUAAGGAAUCCUUCACCGCCAGCCUUGAUAGAAUAAAUAGGGAUUCCUAAGGAAACAAUUCCCACUUGUACGUUCUCACAAGCUCACAAAUUUGUGUUGCCGUCGUGUCUCCUGAGGUCCAGCCCCUACAAGCUCCGGUUGAACCCCCCGACGAGCCCAACGUGGUACGCUAGCUGAAGGACGUUUAUGCUAGUUUGGAGGAAUUUUUCAAUCUAAUGGAGCACAAAAUCGACCGGAUAUCCGAAUUGCCAGACCCUAUUCUAGAGCACAUUGUAUCCUUCAUUCCCACGAAACAAUUACUUCAACUUAGUGUAUUGUCCAAGAGAUGGGAAAACGUGUGGACUUUAUUCCCCAUUCCAGAAUUUGUGCAACACCUCUUUAUUAAUAAUCUGCGGAAGGUUCCACCCAACGAGAAAGAAGAAGAAAUCCAGAGAAAGAAAGAUGAGUUCAAAAGUUUCGUGGAGAGAUCUUUACGAGGCCGCCAUAGGCAAAGGCUAAGUAUAAACAAGUUUAGGCUUCACAUGAUGUUGGAUGAAUCAGAUUGUGCUAUUGUGAACCGUUGGAUUGACUAUGCAAUUGAAUGCGAUGUAAAAGAGUUGAAUCUUGACUUAUGGAUCCAUCAAAAGAGAUAUGAGUUGCCUAAGAAGAAGUAUGAGUUGCCUGACAGGGUUCUCGUAGCAAAAUCAAUAACUGAGCUGAGGUUGUGCAAGUGUAAGUUGAAGCCAUUUUACAGGGAUAUUAACUUACCCUCUUUGAAAAAGUUUGUUUUGAAUAUUAAUGUGGAGAACCAAGUUGUCCAAACUCUAAUCGAUGGUUGUCCUAAUAUGGAAGAGAUGACAUUUGAAUAUUGUUAUGGGUUGAAAAGUAUACAGGUGUCAGGUCUUCCUAAACUCAUGUCCAUUGAGCUGCUACGAAAUCCUCAACUUGAGAGUGUUGAGAUCGAAGCAUCAAAUCUUGAAUCUUUAGUUUUCAAGCUUAGGAUUCCAUGCCAAAUCAACCUAGGCCAGUGCGAAAAUCUAAAGAAGUUAGUAUUAUAUUCAUGCAACAUUACUGACAAAUGGUUGCAUGAAUUUCUUUCUAAAUAUCCACUAAUUGAUUGCUUGGACCUAGCAAAUUGUAGUAUGUUGGAAAGGAUUAAGAUUUCAAGUAAUUGUAUGAAGAAUUUGACCUUCAUUAGUUGUCACAGGCUAGUUGAAGUUGACAUUGUUACUCCUAACUUACAUAGACUCGAGUAUUAUGGUGAGGUUAUAUCUUUUUCUUUAAAUUCUUCAAGUCCAUCGGAAGUUAGUCUCAUCUUUACGGGCGAUACUGAUUUGGAUGCUGAAAUGAUUGAAUUCCUUGCAAAGUUAAGUCAACCGAAAUUAUUGACUUGGAGUUAUUUCGAUGCCAAGAGUGUGAUUACUGCGAAAAACAUUAGAGAAAUCCUACCAUCCCCAUUAUAUAAUGUUAAGCAGUUAAAGCUGAAAGCAUGUUCUAUACCUACAAGACAAAUCCACGAACUUGUGGAUGUCUUGUUGUGGAUUUGUCCUCUUCUAGAGGUUCUCUUUAUAGAAUGGCGGUACCAGGAGACAGUUGACAGUAUAUCUUUCAAGUUCUCAUACGAAAAUCCUAUUUACAAAUUGAAAAAUCCUAGUUGUUGCAAACUUCUUCCGGUUCUCUGUUGGCGGCAUUGUGUAAAGACUAUCAAGAUUGAAAAUUUUAAAGGAUUAGCAGAAGAAAAGACUCUAACAAAGUAUUUUUCGAAGAAUGCAGAAAUAUUAGAGAGCUUCCAUUAUGUAAAAGGAUCUGCAUUGCCCAAAGUAUGAUGAUAUCAAGAACUCCAGAGAAUUUAUGUGCAUAUGAAAAGAUUCUUAAAAAAAAGUAUCUUUUAGAAAAUGCAUAUUUUUUUGUAUUUGUCUCACGGUAUUAUGACUUUUGAAUCGUCUAAUAGAAUCGUUUGACUCGAUUCUACUGAUGUUUGUUUUUAAUUUUAAAUAAAUAUUGUAAAUGUCUGGUAAGAUUUAUCGAGUCAUUCAUUGACUUGUCUUACAUAAAAAAUUUUGUCAU